AUGACUGAUGUAGAGGGAUAUCAUACGAGAAGUAAAGGAAGAGUAUUCCCUGAUGUGAAUAAGGGAUUUUUCUCUGAUGAGGAUUCAGCUGCUACUGAUGAUGGUGCUGAUAACUACGAUGAUAACGCCUUUAUAGAUGGUGAUGAUGAGUAUGGAUAUAGUGAGAAUUCUCAAAAGCCACAGCCACCACCUAGUCCAAAGAAACCGAAGAAACCUUCAUCAGCAACAAAGAAGAGUAAGAAUGACGUUAGUAGUAACGAUACGGUUAAUCAACUGGCUGCAAAAGAUCAAAAUUUUUUGAGUGAAAGCAAUAGUGAUAUUCCAGCAGAUUUUGUUCCUGAUGUGGUUUCUGGCAUGUUCAGGUCUCACGAUUUCAGUUAUUUGAAACUGAAACCGGAUCAUGCAUCUCGACCAUUAUGGAUUUCACCAAGUGAUGGUAGGGUCAUCUUAGAGAGUUUUUCACCAUUGGCAGAACAAGCGCAAGAUUUUUUGGUUACCAUUGCAGAACCUGUAAGUAGACCAUCACACAUGCAUGAAUACAAGAUCACUGCUUACUCGUUGUAUGCAGCUGUUUCUGUCGGUUUGGAAACAGAUGAUAUCAUAUCCGUGUUGGACAGAUUGUCUAAAGUGCCAUUAGCAACCUCCAUUAGGAAUUUCAUUAAAACUGCCACAAUCUCUUAUGGUAAAGUGAAGUUGGUUAUCAAACAUAAUAGGUAUUUUGUUGAAACUACACAGGCAGAUAUUCUACAAAUGCUUUUGAAAGAUUCUAUCAUUGGUCCUCUACGUAUUGAUACCGAACAGCAGCAACAGCAGCAACAACUACAGCAGCAGCAGUUGCAGCAGCAGCAGCAGCAAUCAGGUUUUAGGCCUAUUGGGGGCGGCCUGCCACAGAAUCCAAAUAACGUUGAGGCAGUCUUCAACUCAGUUGUUGGUGGUGAAAAUGAAAUGGAAGAGGAUGAUGAUAUUGAUCAAGUGCAUUCAUUUGAAAUUGCCAACGACUCAGUGGAACUGGUCAAGAGGAGAUGUCAGGAGAUUGAUUAUCCAGUUUUGGAAGAAUACGAUUUCAGAAAUGAUCAUCGUAACCCCGAUUUGGACAUGGAUUUGAAACCCUCCACUCAGAUUAGACCUUACCAGGAAAAAUCAUUAAGUAAAAUGUUUGGUAAUGGUCGUGCAAGAAGUGGUAUUAUUGUGCUGCCAUGUGGUGCAGGUAAGACUUUAGUGGGUAUCACUGCCGCUUGUACCAUUAAAAAGUCUGCAGUGGUGCUUUGUACGUCUUCAGUGUCUGUCAUGCAAUGGAGACAACAAUUUUUGCAAUGGAGUACACUGCAGCCCGAAAAUGUGGCUGUCUUUACAUCCGAUAACAAAGAAAUGUUCCACACGGAAGCGGGUUUAGUUGUGUCUACUUAUUCGAUGGUUGCCAACACGAGGAACAGGUCGCAUGAUUCUCAGAAAGUGAUGGAUUUCUUGACUGGUAGAGAAUGGGGUUUUAUCAUUCUGGAUGAGGUGCAUGUGGUUCCAGCAGCCAUGUUCCGUAGAGUGGUUACAACCAUUGCCGCCCAUGCAAAAUUAGGUUUAACUGCAACAUUAGUUAGAGAGGACGAUAAGAUUAGCGAUUUGAACUUUUUGAUUGGACCAAAACUUUACGAAGCCAACUGGAUGGAGCUUUCUCAAAAGGGUCAUAUUGCGAACGUUCAGUGUGCUGAAGUCUGGUGUCCAAUGACUGCAGAAUUUUACCAAGAAUAUCUGAGAGAAAAUGCGAGAAAGAGAAUGCUUUUGUACAUCAUGAACCCUACGAAAUUCCAAGCGGCACAAUUUUUGAUACAGUAUCAUGAAAAAAGAGGUGACAAAAUUAUUGUCUUUUCUGAUAACGUUUAUGCUCUUCAGGAAUAUGCAUUAAAAUUGGGUAAACCAUUCAUUUUUGGUUCAACUCCUCAACAGGAACGUAUGAACAUUUUACAAAAUUUCCAAUUCAAUGAUCAGAUCAAUACUAUUUUCUUAUCCAAGGUCGGUGAUACUUCUAUCGAUUUACCUGAGGCAACUUGUCUAAUCCAAAUCUCUUCCCAUUACGGUUCACGUCGUCAAGAAGCCCAGAGAUUGGGUAGAAUUCUGAGAGCUAAGAGACGUAAUGAUGAAGGUUUUAACGCAUUUUUCUACUCUUUAGUCUCUAAGGAUACGCAGGAAAUGUAUUAUUCUACCAAGAGACAGGCUUUCUUGGUCGAUCAAGGUUACGCCUUUAAAGUCAUUACUCAUUUGCAUGGUAUGGAGAAUCUACCGAAUUUAACAUAUGCAUCUGCUAGAGAACGUAGAGAGUUGUUGCAGGAAGUUUUGUUGAAGAAUGAAGAAGCAGCUGGUAUAGAAAUUGGUGAUGAUGCUGAUAACACUAUUGGGCGUGGUGGAAACGCUCAUAAGAAGGCUAAGAUGAAGGCUAAAGCGGUUAGAGGUGAAGGUUCCUUGGCAGGUCUUGCAGGUGGUGAAGAUAUGGCAUACAUGGAGUACAGUACAAACAAGAACAAGGAUCUCAAGGAACAUCAUCCAUUGAUUCGUAAGAUGUACUAUAAGAACUUGAAAAAAUGA